CACCGAAGGACAAGCAAAUCUUGCGAAAAAGUCUUGCUGGUCCGAGCAAGACACAUCUGCCAGCUCAUUUUCUCGCGCCACACUGGACAAAGAGCGAGAGAGGCAGAAGAGUGCGGCUGGAAGAUCAUCCGCACUUAUAUCCCGCAGUGGAGAGGUGCCGCACACGUGGUAUCGUCACCCCGGAAAGAACCAAGGCUAGGCAAGUGGAGGCCUUUGCUCGCCGUUUGGUCACCUCGAAACUCGGGCGGAACCUCUUUUGGCGUCGUUGCGGGAGAUGUGACAGUCGUCGAGCCGUGCAGGAGCGCAACAGAAGAGCAGCAGGAGCGACGACAUGGCUCCAAACCAUCCGCAAGCGCCCGCGGUCGUCAUAGUCGCUAGACAUGGCAUGCGCCUGGACGCCGCCGACCAGUCCUGGCAUCUGUCCACUCCAGCGCCCUACGACCCUCCGCUGACCUACGGCGGCUGGAAUCAAUGCCGGGCAUUGGGCACGAGAAUCGCCAGUCUGCUCCACGCGCGUGAGCACGAGUUCAACAAUGCACAGAGCACGCCGGGCGCGGAUGGCGCGAAUGGGACGCAUGGUUCCAAGCGAAAGAGGAAGAAGCACAAAGUGGUAAUCCAUACAUCGCCGUUCUUGCGAUGUCUACAGACCAGUGUGGCCAUAUCGGCUGGCAUGGCACAGUUUGAAGAGCCAGGAGAUAAGAAAGGCAGCAGGCCAAGGACUCCCGCGCAGAUGCAUUCGGCGCUGCAUUCUCCGAGACUACAUGCCAUGAGUGGAUCAACGUCGCCCAGUCUUGCCCCCAUCUCCGAGCCCAGGCAUGAUCUGGCGCAUCAGCUGGCUCGAAGGACUUUGGCAGAGCACAAGAGGUAUAGAAAGGCGAAGAUACGAGUCGACGCUUUCCUGGGAGAAUGGCUGAACCCUCAAUACUUUGAUCAUAUAACUCCCCCUCCACCCAGCCCUCUCAUGGUUGCAGGAGCGAAAGCGGAGCUUAUGCAGAACGAAACGGUUGACCUCUUCACACCAACAGUCUCGCAUCGAUCUUCCAACAACAGCCUAUGGAGUGGUGGGAACACGAGAUCGCAGGGCAGCCGAGAGAGCACUUUGGACGACUGGAGCCAUGUCACAAAUGCAUUGCACGCGCCAACUGCGCGGAGAGAUCGCUCCAACAGCGCCAGCAGCGUCGGGAGCAAUGACAGUCACCACAGCCACCACAGUGCAUCUGGCCGCAGAUCGCCAUUUCGACCUGGCCACACCUUGCAACCUCUCACAUCGACGAUUCCGAAACCCGAGUAUUCAGUCUAUCACCCGCCGAUUCCUUCGUACGCGAUCUCGAACUCCGACCACAUCCCUCGAGGCUAUGUUUCGCACGCUCGCAACGCUACUGUGAAUGUCGAUUACCAUUGGGACAGCAGUCGCUCCCCGCUGAACUGGGGUGAUGGUGGAAAAUUUGGCGAGGAAUGGUCAUCGAUGCACAAACGUUUCCGGAGGGGCUUGAACAACCUCGUCGAAUGGUAUUCGUUGCACGAUACGAGCGACCGUGCGGAGGAUGCACUAGGACUUGAACAAGCAGACAGACCCCACAUAGUGUCUCACGAUGAACAGGAGGAGGAGGAUCUAGUUGUAGUUCUGGUGACACAUGGCGCUGGCAGCAAUGCACUCAUCGGAGCACUGACCAGCCAACCUGUUCUGCUGGAUGUCGGCAUGAGCAGCUUGACAGUGGCUGUUCGCAGACCUGAUGCACCGCCUUUGACGCUGCACCAUACCUCAACUGCCACCGAUGGGUCAUCAAGUGAGCCCGUUGAUCCUGCACCAAUGCUGAGAAGGCGAAGUGCCUACGAUAUCGGGUUGAGCGAGAUAUACGAGAUGAAGCUCGUGGCAUCCUCCGAGCACUUGCGACCUGGAGUCGACCCUACGAAGUUGGCAACGUCGAACGCUGCCUCCGACAUCAAGACUGCCAAAGAAGCUUUGGCAAAAUACAAGCGAACGGGAGGCGGCGCACAUGCUGAAGCUGGUGCAGGAAUUGAUGCGAACUGGGACUUGGGAGAACCAAAGCCGCCGACAGGCCCAACAAGAACAAGCAGCAAUUCUGCUCUAGGUUCUAUAAGGCGCCCGAGUGUGCCAACGAUGAACAGGAGCAACUCACAUCCUGUCGAGACCAUCUCAACCCCACCUACCUUCACAACUGGCCUGUGGACGCCACCUUCUGGCCGUGGUACUCCCAUACUCGAUGCGCAGAAAGCGAAAGAGAAUGGCGAUGCUUUGUUCGCUCCACCCAAGGAUAGUCCCGGCCGUGUGAGCUUUGAACAGGACCUGUCACCUGACUCAGCGCCAAACAGCACCAAUAACGUAGCUACGAAGUCUAAUCCGCAGGUUGACGCAGCCGACAAGGAGCAGCGCAGGAUUGUCGAUAGUGUGAUGGGCGAUGACCGCAGUUCAGAGGAUGCAAAGCAUCUGGCCCAGGAAGCCGCGGACGAACCGACCGAUCUGCCGCUAGUCGCGAAAGAUGUUCCAACUUCGCUCAGUCGAGGUCUCUCCGUGAAAGGUUUGUGGGGUCGGCCACAAUUUGAACGCACGCAGUCUGAGGACAAAGUCGCCAGAGCUUGGAACAAGUCUGAGCCUAAGAGGCGCUGGACAAUCAACGAGCAUGACUAAUGUAUACGAGACACCCAGCAUGGCGUUAUGUAAAGCAUGAGCGGACGUCGAAAUGAUAAUGAGAUAUCCCACUCUCGCUGAGUCACGUGUUUCUCGCUGUGAAUCAAAUUACAGCUUCAAGUACAUUUGCGAUAGCGCCAAGCAAAGAGGAGAGUCGCAUCCGGCCGGCCGAGACCACGACUCCUCUAUGGCUGAG